UCGGGCUUGGCUGUGGCGCGGCUGCUUCGGAGUCAGAAUGUCAUACCCAGGCUAUCCCCCAACAGGCUACCCACCGUUCCCCGGAUAUCCUCCUGCAGGUCAGGAGUCAUCGUUUCCCCCUCCGGGUCAGUAUCCUUAUCCUAGUGGCUUUCCUCCUAUGGGAGGAGGUGCUUACCCACCAGCACCAAGUGGUGGCUACCCAGGAGCUGGAGGUUACCCUGCCCCUGGAGGUUACCCUGCCCCUGGAGGUUAUCCCGGUGCCCCCCAGGCAGGAGGAGCCCCAUCCUAUCCUGGAGUUCCUCCAGGCCAAGGAUUUGGAGCCCCACCAGGUGCAGCAGGCUUUCCUGGUUACCCACAGCCACCAUCCCAAUCUUACGGUGGUAGUCCGGCACAAGUUCCAAUGCCAGGUGGCUUUCCUGGAGGACAGAUGCCCUCUCAGUAUCCUGGAGGUCAAGUUCCUUUCCCUAACCAGCCUGCUGCAAUGACUCAGGGAUAUCAAGGAACAAUCCGACCUGCUUCCAACUUUGAUGCCUUGAAAGAUGCAGAAAUUCUCCGAAAAGCAAUGAAGGGUUUUGGGACAGACGAGCAGGCAAUUGUGGAUGUUGUGGCCAACCGUUCCAACGAUCAAAGGCAAAAAAUUAAAGCAGCUUUUAAGACCAUGUACGGCAAGGAUUUAAUCAAAGACCUCAAAUCAGAGUUAAGUGGAAAUAUGGAAGAACUGAUCCUUGCCUUGUUCAUGCCAUCCACAUAUUAUGAUGCCUGGAGCUUACGGAAUGCAAUGAAGGGAGCAGGAACUCAGGAACGGGUAUUGAUUGAGAUUUUGUGCACAAGAACAAAUCAGGAAAUCCGAGAAAUUGUCAGAUGUUAUGGAUCAGAAUUUGGACGAGACCUUGAACAGGACAUCAGGUCGGAUACCUCAGGACAUUUUGAACGUUUACUUGUUUCCAUGUGCCAGGGAAACCGUGAUGAGAACCAGAAUGUAAACCAUCAGAUGGCUCAGGAAGAUGCUCAGCGUCUCUUUCAGGCUGGCGAAGGGAGACUAGGGACAGAUGAAUCCUGCUUUAACAUGGUUCUUGCCACAAGAAGCUUUCCUCAGCUGAAAGCUACCAUGGAGGCUUAUUCCAGGAUGGCUAAUCGAGAUUUGGUCAGUAGUGUUUGCCGGGAGUUUUCUGGAAACGUCGAAAGUGGUUUGAAAGCCAUCUUGCAGUGUGCCCUGAGCCGCCCUGCCUUCUUUGCUGAGAGGCUUUACGCCUCGAUGAAAGGUGCUGGUACAGAUGACUCUACCCUGGUUAGGAUCGUGGUCACUCGAAGUGAGAUUGACCUUGUACAAAUAAAACAAAUGUUCAAUCAGCUGUAUCAGAAGACCCUGGGCACAACGAUUGCAAGUGACACCAGUGGAGAUUACCGGAAGUUGCUUCUGGCCAUUGUGGGCCAGUAGGAGAGAUUGUUGUAUGAAUGGAUUUUCUAUCCAGAGCUUAGCCUUCAAAACAGUGACUGGCUGCAUGUAACCACAUCAACCGUUACCUAACCAAAAGAGCUUUUUACCGAGGACUGUGUCAGGGUAAUGUGCUGGAUUCGCACAUGUUGUUAUUGCCUUAAUUCUGACAUUUUUUUUCUCCAUAUACAAUCAGUGUAAAGCCAUAUCACAAUGCUGUAGUAAUAAUGCAUUGUUUGUAAAGCAUAAUUCUCACUGCUUUAAUUCUAGUCAAGGUAUCAAAUUGAAUAAAAAUCACAAUCAUCUCU